GAAAGAUUUCAAAAACUUUGAUUAUUUUAGUGUUAUUUAGUAGAUUUAAAAAAUUUGAUACCCCUAUGACAAUAUGUGUUAAUUAUAAAUACAAAUUGGAAAGUUUUGACUGAUAAUCUGGUUUUCUAUAUCCUCAAAAUAAAAUAAACAAGAUGGUUAAAGUAGAAGUACCUCCAAUAUUGCCUUCGAUAGAUAAUGAAUUAAAAAAAUAUCUUUUAUGCCCAGAAAACUUACCUAUUCACCAAUAUGAAAAAAAUCAAAAGUUUUGGCCUCGACAACCAAAACCUGAAAAAUUAUUAUAUUUUGAAGGAUCCCCUUUAACAACCACUCUACAAGUACGUCGAGAUCCAAAUACGGGAGAAAUAUUAGAUUUUAAAGAAGUAUCUUUACAAUCAGCAGGUGCCACUGCGAAAAAUUCAAUGUCUCUAAAUAGAGCUCCAGUACCGCCGACUGAUGCAACAUUUGGCGGUGCUUCUUAUAAACCAUUUUGGCCUGGUAGUUUUCCACCACCAGAAUUAAUAAAUCGAGAAGAAACUCUUUCUGAAAGUGAAAAAUUAUUGACCAUACCACCUGGUUUUAAUAGAGGUCUUGUAUUUCAAAAAGAUGGUAGAACACUAUGUACUGAAGAUGAAAUAAUUGUUGAACAGGAAAUACAAAAUAGCGCACCAAAUGUUAUAAAUCUACUAGAAAUUGUGCAAAGAGAACAAGAUUUACUUAGUGCUUUUGAAUCUGAAUAUACAAUAGAAGAAAAAAAUAAGAAAGAAGAAGAAUAUUCUCCAGAGGAAGAAGAAAUAAUUCCAAAAGAAGUACCAAUACUUAAUAUAAGUAAAGCUGAUAAUAAAAAUUUGGCUAAACAAGGUAGCGAAUGGGCGAUUUUAUUAGACACCUCAAAACCUGUUAAAAAUUUUAAAGAAAAGAUACCGGAAAUGGCAAUAGAAUAUCCUUUUGAAUUGGAUGUGUUCCAAAAAUUGGCCAUACUGCAAUUGGAACAACACAAUCACGUAUUUGUAGCUGCACAUACUUCUGCUGGAAAAACAGUUGUGGCUGAAUACGCUAUAGCCCUUUCCCAAAAGCACAUGACCAAAACUAUUUAUACGUCUCCUAUAAAAGCUCUUUCCAAUCAAAAAUACAGGGACUUUAAGGAUAAAUUUGAAGAUGUGGGUCUCAUAACUGGUGAUUUUCAGAUAAAUCCAAAGGCGUCUUGUCUUAUAAUGACAACUGAGAUUUUGAGAUCAAUGUUGUAUUGUGGAAGUGACAUUACUAGGGAUCUUGAGUAUGCUAUUUUUGAUGAGGUUCAUUAUAUUAACGACAGAGAGCGGGGUCACGUGUGGGAACAAGUACUUAUAAUGCUCCCAGCACAAGUUUGCGUCGUCCUAUUAAGCGCGACAGUACCUAAUACACUAGAAUUCGCCGAUUGGUUAGGAAGGACUCACCAAAGAAAAGUUUACGUAGUAAAUACUCAUCAAAGACCAGUUCCAUUGAAACAUUAUCUGUAUACCGGUAAAGGUGGAAGUACGAGGGAUAACCGUUUCAUGAUUUUGAAUGCUGACGAGUGGAUUUUAAAUGGGUACAAUACAAUCGAUAGUUCUCAUUUGAUAUAUAACUCAUUAAUUGUUAAUUUUAGUUAUUCAAAAGCCAAAGAAUCUAUAAGUAACGUACAACAAAAAAACCCUUAUCAAAAACCCGGUCAAGAGAAAACCCUUUGGUCUGGAUUGAUAGCUCAUCUUAAAAAAAACGAUUUGUUACCGGUGGUAGCUUUCACUUUUUCUCGAUUGAAAUGCGAUAAUAACGCGGCUAAUUUGACCAGUUUGGACCUUACGACUCAAAAAGAAAAAGCGUAUAUCACUUUGUCUUUUAAUAGAUGGAUCAGAUGUUUGAAAGAACCCGAUCAAAAUAUUCCCCAAAUUAUGAAAAUGAGAGACAUAUUAACAAGGGGCAUUGGAGUACAUCACAGUGGAAUCUUACCGAUUAUCAAAGAAAUUGUCGAGAUGUUAUUUCAACAAGGUUACAUAAAGCUUCUUUUUGCGACUGAAACGUUCGCAAUGGGAGUAAAUAUGCCAGCAAGGACCGUAGUUUUCGAUACUGUUCGUAAACAUGACGGUAAAGAAGUACGAGACCUCGAAUCUGCGGAGUACAUUCAAAUGGCGGGUCGAGCCGGUAGACGCGGUUUGGACGCCGAAGGUACUGUAAUAAUUCUAUGUAAACAAGGUGUACCCCAAGAAGUGAAUCUCAAAAGGAUGAUGCUCGGUAAACCCAAUUCUCUUGUCAGUCAAUUCAGAUUAACCUACGGGAUGCUUUUAAGUUUGUUGAGAGUGGAAAGUUUGAGCGUGGAAGGAAUGAUGUCGAGGAGUUUCCGAGAAGCAGAUCAUCAAAAAAAUAUGGUUGAGAUUAAAAAGAAAUUGGUUAAAGUCGAAGGAGAAAUGAAGGAUUUAUGCCGACAACAAAUCAGUAGUUAUCUACAUCCGUUGGUUAAAUUUUACGAAAUUGCCAGUUUUUAUUUGAACGUUAGGAAACAAAUUAUGAAUGCCGUUUUGUCCUCACCAAAAGUACAAAAGAUUUUAAAUCCAGGUAGAUUGAUAGUAAUAACACAAAAGAAUCACAUCAACAAAUUAGCUAUGAUAUUAUCAACAGUAAGAUCGAAAUUAGUGUCGUAUAAAGUUCUUGUCUUAAACGAACAGUCUCCAGAUGAUUCCAAACCAAUUCAAGAAGAUCUUUGGUACUACAUGUUAUCGUUAGUUGAAGAUAAAUUGUAUUGCACCGUAUCUGCUUCAGGACACGAAAUGUUAACAGUAGGACCUGAAGAUAUAUUUGAGAUAUCGGGAAAAACUAUUAAAGUGAAUACAGAUCUAGUUAUGAAAGAUGUGGAAAAACGUCAAAUGGACAGAUUUAAAAAUGAUCCUGUGGGACAAACGUGUCUGGAAGCUGUACAAGAAUUACACAAAUUAACCACGAUGGCAAAUAAUGAUACUGAAAAAUUAGAAUUCCUACACUAUAUAAUAGAUUUAAAUGUUAAAAGUCAAGAAUUAUAUUACGAUUUACAAAAAAUGUACGAUCUAAAAGACAAAUUGAUUGAUCAUUUACCUAGUACUAAGAUACCUAAUUUCGAGGAACAGUUUUCUACGGUUUUUAAAAGAAAAUUUUUAGAAGAGCAAAAGAAAAAUUUGGAAUAUCAAUUAUCUAAUGCCAGUUUGAGUCUUUAUCCUGAUUACGAAAAUAGAAUACAGCUUUUGAAGAGAUUGAAUUAUGUUGAUGGACAAAACAAAAUUCAGUUAAAAGGGUACGUUGCUUGUGAAAUAGGAAUGAACGAAUUAUUGUUAACCGAAUUGAUACUAAGGAACGUAUUAACGAAAUUGAAAGCCGCUGAAGUAGCAGCUCUAUUAUCAGCUCUAGUGUUUAGAGUGAAAACACCCAAUGAAGUUUUCGAUGAUAGCGGAUUAACACCGGAUCUAAAAAAAGCAAUAGUAGAAUUACGACAAGUACAUCUCGAAAUAGGUAACGAAGAACAAAAUUUGCGAAUCCAAACCGACGAAUUUCAAGAAGAAUUAAAUUUCGGUUUAGUACACGUUGUAUAUGAAUGGGCUACCAACCAGCCUUUUGCGGAUAUAAUGAAACUUACAGAUAUACAGGAAGGUAUAAUUGUACGGUGUAUUCAACAAUUGAACGAAACUAUUAUGGACGUCAGAGAUGCCGCUAGGAUCGUCGGAGAUCCCGAACUUAAAAAUAAAAUGGAAGAAGCUUCCGCUUCUAUAAAACGUGAUAUAGUAUUUACCGCUAGUUUAUAUACGUUGACGGAUUCUCUUUGAAAGAUUAAGGUCAAUACAGUGAAUAAUAUUUUGUCAUAAAGUUUAUUGAUAAAAAUUUUGAAUUUCUUAGGUAAAUCCUUCCAAAAAAAGGUAACGACGUCAAAUAUUUAUGAGGUUAUGUCUUAUCACUCUACUUAUUGUUAUUUUCAAAUAUAAUUUCACAAAAUAA